GCCCUGUCGUACCCUGCCGUCUUGUUCCCACAGUUGCGUCAGGAAAAUGCUUUGAUCACUCUCACAAUGGAAGAGGAAUCGUGGAUAGCAUCCGUAAUGGCGUUGCCUACAUUGAUCGGUAACUUUGUAACACCCUGUAUAAUGGAUCGAAUGGGAAGAAAAACAGCGCUCUACGCUCUGACGUUACCUAUCAUUGUUGGUUGGUUGUUCAUCGUUAUUGCCACCAAUUUUCAGAUGCUGAUGAUAGGUAGAGUACUACAAGGCCUAUCUUAUGGUAUGCUCAUGCCGGUAAGAUCUGUUGUAAUUGGGGAAUAUACAAGUCCAGUAAAUCGAGGCGCGUUUUUAGCUACAAUAUCCCUUUCUCUAACAUUUGGAAUUUUCUUCGUGCACCUAAUAGGGUCUUUUUUUAGCUGGCAAUGGACUGCUUUAAUUUGCAGUUUCUUUUCCUACCUUAGUCUUCUUAUGACACUCUAUUGUCCUGAAUCUCCGAGUUAUUUGGUCAUGAAGAGAAAGUAUCAUGAAUGUAAAAAGGCAUUUCGUUACUUAAGAGGUGACAAAGAAGAAGAUGAAUUGGAGCAAAUGAUAAAAGCUAGACUAAUUCUGGAAGAGACUGGAACAACAAAAAUGAAUAUCAAAGAGUUCGUGAGAAUUUUAAAGAAAAGAGAGUUUUAUAAACCAGUUAUUUUAGUAGUACACUCUUAUGUUCUACUAAAAGCUUGCGGUGGACCGUUACUUGGAGCAUAUGCUCAUGAAAUUCUUACUGUCAUGAUGGGAAAGACCACUGAUGUCAACUUUUGGAUGGUGUUUACAGAUGGACUUAGAUUUCUCUUCAGUGUUGCAGGCAUUUACGUUGUAAAACGAUAUAGGAGAAGACCAUUACUGCUUUGUGUGGGUAGUCUUUGCGUUAUCAGUCUUCUUUGCAUAUCCCUUUAUAUCUAUAUCAAGACAAGAGGAAUGCUAUCAUAUGAUGCAACGUGGAUCACUAUAGUUCUGAUCAGUUUCUUCUCAUUUACAAUUGCUAUUGGAGUGGCUCCAUUGCCAAACAUCAUUGCUGGUGAAGUAUUUCCAAUAGCUCAUAGAGCUCCUGCAGCAGGAAUUAGUGUCAUAUUCGAUUGUGCGACUAUUUUCUUAGUUUUGAAGACGUUUUCAUUUCUUCAAGGAACCAUAGGGUUAGAUGGUGUAUAUUUGUUAUAUGCUGUGAUAGUUGCGUAUUUGUUAUCAGUUAUGUGGGUUUUGUUACCAGAGACGAAGGGUAGAACCUUACAGCAAAUAGAAGAGGAGUUUAGAGGCAAACCAAUAAUAUUAAAAGAAACCGAAGUGCUUAAAUCUUAAAAGAUAAGUAUAAACUAAGUGAAGAUGAUAUUAUCAGAUUUUUUUAGUAAAAGCUACGAAAAGAUACAUGUCGUCGACUAAAUUUGAAAACCUCGUUACUCCAUAUUUGAACGAAAUCCCUAUUUUACUCUUCAAGCGCAAUAUCGGGCUAUUAAAGCUUAAAAAAUUUAUAUUUUUAGUAAUACUAAGUGACGGGAUGAACAAGUCGUGCGCCUGAUGGUAAGCGACACGC